AUGACAACGGUAGAACACCAUAAAGUAUCCGAGAUUCCAGUCCUCAUCAGCGGCGCAGGACCCGUCGGCACCAUGGCCGCCCUCAUGCUUACCCGUCUCGGCGUUCCCUGUCGCAUCAUCGAACGAGACAUGAUCGUCUCCCCGCUCUCAAAAGCCUUCUCCCUCCACGCCCGCACACUCGAGAUCUUUGACCAAACCGGCCUCCUCGACCAGUUCCUUGUCCAGGGACAUCCGAUUUCGCACUUUGACGUGUACUUCAAUAACGUCCACAGCGUCUUCCCAGGUCUCGUCAACUCGAUCUCGCAUUUCAAUUAUGCGCUCUUUUUGGAACAGCGCAAGACGACCGCGAUUCUAAACGACGAGCUAGAGAAGAAUGGGACAAAGAUCGAUCGAGGCUGGGAGUUGAUGGAUACCAAGGUCAUGGUGGAUGGGAUGGAUGGGAAGGAGUAUGUUGAGACGACGAUUCGGAGGGCGCUCGAUGGAACCAACAAGCGAGCGACUGAGAGUACUGUCCUAGGCACGGUUGAACUGGAGGCGGAUGAGGCUGGGAAGAAGUACGAGACCGAGGUGGUGCGAUCGCAGUAUCUGAUCGCGGCGGAUGGAGGCAAGAGCGUGGUUCGACACAAGAUCGGGAUCCCGUUUGUGGGCCAGACGUUGGAGAACACUGUUAUCCUUUAUGAGGGACUUGUCGAGACGGAUUUCAGGCUGAGCGACAUCACGGUUAUCAAUGGAAGCAACAACAAGACGAUGAACGUCUUCCCGCUCAGCACUGGACAAGUCCGAGUCAUGAUCGACGCAAGCGAACUGGACUCGACUCAGGCACUCACCCUCGAGGCGUUCACAAAGCUCGCCCAGGCGGCUGCAUAUCCGACCCGGUUCGAAGUCAAAACCCAGACCUGGUUGACUUAUUACAAAAUCAACGAGCGCCAGGCAGCGUCGUACUCGCACAAGAACAGGAUCUUCCUUGCGGGCGAUGCUGCUCAUGUGCAUUCACCUGCUGGUGGACAAGGGAUGAAUCUCGGAUUGCAAGAUGCGCACAAUUUGACGUGGAAGAUGGCGUUGGCUAUUCAUGGACUGGCAGACCCCAAGAUUAUGGAGACAUAUGAGCAGGAGCGUGGACCAGUCGCCAAGGCGGUCAUCAAGAUGUCGUCCGGCAUGUUUGCGAUGGGGUUCUCCAACAAGUUGACCUACCGUGCUAUCCGCAAGGCUGUCACCGCGUUCAUCUCCCUUUUUGUCGGUUUCAUCGCUGUCUCCGCCGGUACCGUCUCCAUGUUAGCAAACCGCUACGAAGCAAACUCGUUGAACCAGACACACAAGUCACAACCCAUCCCCAAGGAAGCCUACCAAGUCGGACAGCGUGCGCACGAUGGUCCCCUCAGGAGAGUACUCUCCGGUGGCAAGAAGAGCGAAACCGAGAUCCGUCUCCACCACUUGCUUUAUGGCCCCGGCAACUUCCACAUCCUGGUCUUUACAUCCGAUCUCCUCUCCGUCACCUCAGCCUCCAAGGGCAAGGACGCAAACGGGACCCCCAUCACGAACGAGCACGAAUUGAAGGAGAAUGUACAAAAGUAUCUUUCACAGUGGCGAUCUAAGUGGUCCUACGGCGCCGCCAAGCACCUAGAAGGAUCAAAGGACGCGACCUCAUCCACAUCGACAAAGACAAAACCGAUUUUCCAUAUCCAUCUGAUUGCGGCGCUUCCGGAACGACUCUCAGCCGCGGACUUUGAAGAUCCGUCCAAGAUCCAAGCAGAUGCGUUCGCGAACAAGGCCAUUGGUGAGGGGGCGCUUUACCAGGAUGAGAAGGCGGCGCUUGUGCAUGCGCGAUAUGGAGUGACGCCAGUCAAGGCGGGUGCGGGAGCGAUUGUGGUGGUUCGUCCAGAUACUCAUCUCGGGUAUCGGGUCCUUGGAGCCGGCCCUGCUGCAUGGCAAGAUGUCGACCAAUACUUUCAUUCUAUUCUCUGUUAG